AUGAAUUGUCUGUUAUUUGGCCCUAGCUGCUGGUCAGCGAUUGGAUUUUUUUGUUUGUAUCUUUUAGUGACCAGCAACUGGUGUGUCGGCCUUACCUGUGACGAAGAACAAGAGAGAACUCGUUACCGACCACAAAAUCACGAUACACUUGUUCAUUUACCCUAUGGAUCUGUAAACGGUUUCACAAUCCCUGUACACAAUAAACGUCGUUACCCUGACAGAAGGAUUAAUGUCUACUUGGGAAUACCUUACGCUAAAAGGCCUUCAUAUCCUGGCGAGUUUAGAUUCAGAGAGCCAGAGAAACCUGAGUGGAACAACAUUUGGGAUGCAACUUAUUAUAGGCCAGCGUGUCCCCAGAUUCCCUGGUAUGUACGGGAAACUGUACCAAAAUUUGGUAAAAUGGAUGAAGAUUGCCUUUAUUUAAAUGUUUUUGCACCAAAUCUAACUACAGAGAAAUUUCUUGAUCCUGAUCAUGGCCCCAAGGGAAGAGUGAUAGGAAAUCCUUCACUCUAUCCUGUUAUGGUAUUUAUUCAUGGUGGAGGAUUUGUUGCUGGAACUUCACAACAGUACCCUGGCUACUUUAUUGCAGAGCGAAAUGUUGUGGUUGUAACAAUCAAUUAUCGGCUGAAUGCUCUUGGAUUUUUAAGCACUGGAAACGCCAUUGCUGCUGGAAAUUAUGGCUUAUGGGACCAACUCUUGGCUCUUCAAUUUAUAAAAAAUAACAUAAAGUAUUUCCGUGGUGACCCUAACAAAAUCACAAUUGCUGGCCAUGAUGCAGGAGCAGCCAGUGUAGGGAUUCACCUUCUUUCCCCACAAUCUGAUAGAAUGUUUCAUUAUGCUAUUAUGAUGGGAGGUUCUGAUUGUAAUGGCUGGGCUGUCAGAUCUCCUAGCAGUGCUGCUUACUAUGCGACUAACCUGGCUCAAAAACUUGGUUGCCCUUCUAAUGACAAUCAGAGAAUGAUUAACUGCCUCAGAGAUAGGUCUGCAAUGGAAAUAGUCAAUGCUUCAGUUUGGAUACCUUUAAAAAAUGGGGAGAUUGGCAAUCCAUUUGGGCCUGUUGUUGAUGGACCUAUCAAGGGAAAUGCCAUCAGUUUCCUUGCUUAUCUACCAAGAAGACUGCGAGACCAAGGACGGUAUAAACGUUUCAAGGUUAUGGCUGGAUUGACUGUUGAUGAGGGAGCCUUUUUUAUACCGAACUAUUUCGGUCUGGAAGAUGGUAUCCAGCUUACAGAAUUUGACAAUUUGCUUUAUGAAUUUCUGGAUGAAAGGGGUGUCGUUAAUUAUGAUCAAGCAAGGGAUUCUCUAAAGUUUCAAUAUACUUAUUAUGAAGAACCAACAAAUAUAACUGGAAUCCGUAACAGAUCCAUUGACAUGAUGUCCGAUUACAUGUUUGGUGCUGGAAUUGAUGAAAUAGUCAAAUGGCACAGUAGAUACAAUGAUACUUAUCUAUAUGUAUUUGACUAUCGAUCAUGGAAUGACUACCUUCCCCCUUGGCGAGGUGUUGCCCAUGGCCAGGAACUUCAGUAUCUUUUUGGCUUCCCAUAUUUUACAAGAUGUUACCGUGAGAUGAGCGGUGUCUAUCCGCGACAGGACUACAGUUAUGGAGACCAAGAAAUAAGUGAAAUGAUGAUAACACUAUUCACAAAUUUUACAAUGCAUGGGAAUCCCACUCCUUGGCGCCACACCAUGCCAUUGUUAACUGAUAUCAUUUGGCCAGAAUUCCACCUGUAUAAUCAAAGUCACUUGCUCAUAUCCAAUCAUACAAAAGUUGAACAUGGUUUUCGACAACAAGAAUAUGAGUUCUGGACAGACUACUUCCCUACUAUUAUGAAAAAAGCUUCUCAAUGUUUUUGUGAUCAAAAGUGCAAUUCCGAGGAUUCAGCAAUGUACAAGAGAGCCACAUGGUCCUUGGUGGUGGCCAAUUGCCUUUUGAUUCUUGUCAUCCUAGGAAUGUCCAUCAUGAUGUACAGAAUCACCAGAAUUAAAGACUAUUAA